AUGCGUGCCUGUGGCGAGCUAAAACUAUUUUCCGUUGUAGGCCGUAAGCUCCCAACACCUAAAGAGCCGAAGCCUGUACCUUACAGAAUGCGGAUAUUCGCUCCGAACUCAGUUGUAGCCAAAUCACGUUUCUGGUAUUUCAUCAGGAAGCUGAAAAAAAUGAAGAAAGGUAGCGGUGAGAUUAUUUCUUGUGAAAGAAUACACCCAAGAAAGCCACUAAUGGUCAAGAAUUUUGGGAUUUGGCUGAGAUAUGAUAGUCGUUCUGGGACGCAUAAUAUGUACAAGGAAUAUCGCGCAAUGACAGAGGAGAAUGCCGUCACUCAAUUAUACCGCGAGAUGGGUGCUCGUCACCGUGCCCGAGCAGAGUCUAUCCAAGUGAUUAAAGUGGAGUCGUUACCAGCAUCUAAAUGCCGUCGUCCGUACGUAACUCAGUUCCACGACAGCAAAUUGAAAUUCCCUCUGCCUCAUCGUGUGACUCGUCCUCUUCAUCACCCAAGGUUUACAACAAGAAGACCUACAACAGCCUUCUAG